AUGGCGUCGUCCGCUUCUCCCUCCGACGCGACCAACGGCCCCGUCCUCAGCCUCAUCAACAAGCGCCUCUGCGCCCUCCGCAAGGAGCACAGCCGCAUCCUCCAGGUGGAGGGCUCCAUUGCCCAGGGAAAGACCAUCAACAAGGAGCAGGAGGACGUCCUCCGCUCCAAGCCCUCCGUUCUCGCCUCCAUCGACGAGCUCGAGAAGCUCCGCCCCCAGCUCUCCUCCGCCCUCCAGGAGGAGCUCUCCCUCGCCGCCCAGCGCCUCCCUCGCGACGACGACGCCCCCGAGAAAGGGGAGGCAAAUAACAAUGCUGCUGCAAACCAUGGAACAGCAGGAGGCGCUUCUUCUACUCACCCUUCAACAGAAGGUCAAGGAAGGGCUACUUCGUUAGGAUAUGACUAUGAAGUAUUCUUGUCCUUUCAUGGACCAGAUACACGACCAGGUUUUACCGACUUCCUUUACACUAAUCUUGAUGAUGCGGGAAUCCGCACAUUUAAGGAUGACAAAGAGCUCCGAGUUGGGGAAGAGUUUGCCCCAGAACUUCUCGAAGCAAUUAAACAGUCGAAGAUUUCAAUACCUAUCUUUUCGAAAGGUUAUGCCUCUAGCCCAUGGUGUCUCAAGGAGUUAGUCCAGAUGGUCGACUGCCAGCAAGUUGGAAGACAAACAAUCAUGCCCAUUUUUUAUGAUGUGGCACCUUCAGAGGUUCGAUAUCAAAAUGAAGGUUACGCAAAGGCCUUUCUUUCACAUGAAGAGAAGGGGCGAUAUAGCGAAGAGACGAUAAGUCAAUGGAAGGCUGCUCUCAAUGUAGUCGGCGCAAUAAACGGAUGGGACCUGCACAAUAAGGAGAAGAACAGGCGAGAAGGUGAGUUCGCCAGAACAGUUAUCCAGGAGAUUUCCAAUAUGUUGUCAAAGGCUUAUCCGGAGGUAUCAGACUCCUUGGUCUGCAUCGACCACCAUGUGGAUGCGAUCAUGAAAAUGAUAGGUGCUGAGACAAGUGAAACACGGAUUAUAGGAAUCCACGGGAUGGGUGGCAUUGGAAAAACGACUAUUGCCAAAGUCAUCUACAAUAAGCUUUCCCAUGACUUUGAGAAUCAUUGCUUUCUUCGUGAUAUUCGAGAAACGUCAAAAGGUAAUGGCAUUCAAUGCUUGCAGAAUCAGCUCAUCUAUGACAUCCUCAAAAAAAAAUGCGUAGAUAUCAAAGACGCUGACAAAGGGACUCAGAUAAUUAAAGAGAGGCUGUCCAAUAAAAGAGUCCUCCUUGUUCUCGAUGAUGUGGAAAAAGAGAAUCAUAUCGAUGCACUUGUAGGUAAGUGUGAUUGGUUACACAGGGGGAGCAAAAUUAUUGUUACCACAAGAAACGGAGCUAUUGUCUGUCCUCCCAAGGUGGACCACAGUUAUGAGCUUAGAAGGAUGGAUGACGAUCUGUCUCUUAAACUUUUUAGCAAACAUGCCUUCCAAAAAGAUUCUCCUUUAGAUGUGUAUAUCCACCAAUCCAAGAGGGCAAUAAGCAUUGCUGGAGGUCUGCCGCUAGCUCUGAAGGUCAUAGGCUCACUUUUAUUUCACAUUAAAAAGGAAAAGUGGGAUAGCAAAUUAGAGGAGUUAGAAAAUGUUCCUCCUGAGGAUGUUCAGAGUAUGUUGAAAAUAAGUUAUAAUGCGUUACGUGUUCGAGAAAAGCAUAUAUUCCUCGAUAUAGCUUGUCUUUUCAUUGGAUAUGACAAAGACACUGUGGUUCACUUCUGGGAUAAAUCUAAAUUUUUUCCGGACAAGGCUUUGGAAGUUUUGCAGAACAUGUCUUUGAUAAGUAUUGAAAAGGACAAUAAAGUGUGGAUGCAUGACCAACUCAGAGACCUUGGAAGAGAAAUAGUUUUCGAACAAAGUAACUUGAAAAUAGAGAAGCAGAGCAGGGUGUGGAAUCCUAAGGAAGGAUUGGAUUUGCUGAGGAGACAUAAGGGAAAAAGGAAAGUUGAAGCUCUUCGUCUCAAGUUGGACCAUCGGCGGCAGUACCGGUUUACCUGUGAAGGCUUUGAGAGCCUAUCACAUCUAAGGUUCCUUGAAGUGGAUGGUUCAAAGGAAAAUUUUUGUGCAGAAGAGAGGCUUUAUUGGCAUGAAUCGCCAUCAAAUGUUCUUCCAACUAAUGAGAAUUCAGAUUUCCUUCCACAAUUACGAUGGCUCUCAUGGCGUGACAUUCCCCCAACAUUUAACAUCACAAAUUUCUUUGUAGAGGAUGUGGUUAUUCUUGAUCUAUCUUGGAGUGAAAUUACAGAUGAUUGGAAGGGGUGGAACCACAUGAAGGUGAUGAAGAUAUUGAAAGUUUUGGACUUGUCCCAUUGUCAGAAACUUCAGAUGUUGCCUGAUGAGCUGGGUAGAGAUCUUGCAAGCCUUGAAUAUCUAUAUCUGAAAUGUUGCAAAUCAUUGCAGAGGCUUCCGAACUCAAUCGGAAAUUUGAAAUCACUGAUUGAGUUGGAUAUAUCUAGCACGAUGAUCAAAGAACUACCCGAUUGCAUCGGAAAGUUGAAAAAUUUGAAAAAAGUGAAGAUGAGUUAUUGUGACAUAAGCACAAUACCCAAUGCCCUUUGGACGAUUGAGAACCUCGAAGAAAUAGUUGCCAAAUGUACAUCUUUUUGUAGAGUCCAUGUGAACAUUGGCAGUUGCAUCUACAUGAGGAUCUUGAGACUAAAUGGUGCAGAUAUAUGUGCACUGCCGAGGCUUCCAGAAAGUCUUAUUGAAUUACAACUGUCUGAGUUGAACAUGGACACGUUUCCAGAUCUCUCAAACCUCACUAAUUUAAAGGAAUUUGAUCUUGGAUUUGGCCGACCUGAUUAUGAUGGGAAGUCUAAUGGGCUUGUGGAAUAUCCCAUACCACAGUGGAUUGGGAACUUAAGCAAACUGGAGUCUCUGGCCCUGGAGUCUCAUUAUGUGACCACCUCAACAGACAUUAGCCUCCCUCCUCAACUCAAGUCACUUUGCCUCAAAUGCUCCAAUUUGCGUUGCCUCCCAAGGCUUCCCUCCAGCUUAUCAUCUCUCCAUAUUUCGCGUGCUACAAUUACAAAGAUUCAAGACCUUGGUUGUUUGGAGAACCUACGAGAUUUGCAGCUUAUGUCACUUGGACAGGUGGAGAUACUACCUGAUCUGAGCAAUUUAAACAAACUACAGCGUCUUCAAGUAGGAUUUUGUAAUCAUUUGGUUGAGAUUCAAGGUGAACUACCACGGUGUUUGGAUAGAUUGCAUAUUUCUUCCUGUGAUUCUUUACAGAAGUUGCCUGAUCUGUCAAGCUUGAUGGGAGAGCAAGAUGUUGAAAUAAAGAAUUGCAGAAAAUUAAAUGUGGAGGCAAUUCAUGGAUUUGUGCAGAAGAAUCCACGAAAUUUGCAGCUUGUGGGCUUUGAACAGCUGCAGAUCCUACUUGAUCUAAGUAAUUUAAAGGAGCUCAAACGUCUUCGAGUAGAAAACUGUUGUUAUCUUGUUGAGAUUCAAGGCGAAUUACCACAAUCUUUGGAAGAAUUGGAGAUUUCUUCCUGUGAAUCUUUACAAAAGUUGCCUGAUCUGUCAACCUUAAAGGGACUGCGAAGGGUAAAAAUGUAUCGUUGUGGGAAAUUGAAAAAAGACGAAAUUCGUUGGCUUUGCUUGAAGAAGGGGGUCGAAUUUGUGGGAUAAUACAAUUAAUGGUCGAAUUUGUGGGAUAAUACAGUUAAUGGUCGAAUUUGUGGGAGAAUAUAAUUAAUCCGUUACUGAAUCUGAAUCUGAGGGAGAAGACCGACAAACCUGAAUCUGAGGGGGAAGAUGAUGGAUAAAUGCACACUGCUCUUGAAAGCUUCUUGAUCCACGACCACAAAUUGUUCCCUUGUGUUCAAACUUUAAACGAAUUGGGUUUAUUUUCCAGGAAAGGUGUGCUUCUUAGUGGGAUUUGCCAAUGUUAUGGGGAAAUCAUAAAACGAAGAAAGAUGAAUUUCGCUUGGGUAGCUGCAUCAAUAGUUGGUGCGGCCAAACUUAUGUUUGUGACAGGAGAAGGGAACUAUUUAGCUUCUCCAAGGUAUCAUAAAUCACUGUGCAGUUAAGGCUAAAUUUCAGUAAUAUCGGUGCUUGGGACAUAUAAUAAAUCUCCCUUGGGUUAGAAAUUUUUUAAAUGAAACUCGUGUGUGAUCUUUAUUAUUGUCUACAUUUUCUGAAAAUGGUUAUGCUUAGGUGAUUAUCUAUCAUAGAAACCCUUCCAUUCACCUCAAGUUACACUAGAGGAUUCUUUUAGGUUGUAAGGUUGACAAGAAGUGCUAUGGGAGACAACUCAAACGACCAGCCUUUUGCCGGUUUCUAAUGUUGCCGAGAGGAAUUAAAGGUUAGAUGAACUCACAAAAACCUUUCUGCACAGGGAGUUGCGGCUAAUUAGGCAGCUGUACAAAUGAAGACCGAAUAAAGGAAAAUGAAGAUGUCAUGCAAUGUUGACUAGUUCUCUUUCACAAUCUUGAGGUGAUAAACUGUGCAUUCAUCUGUCAGGAACUCGAAGAUUAAUGAGGGAAGUCAUUGCCUACUGAUGAAUAUGUUAAAUCUGUGGAACUCGAUGUAAAGUAUCACUUGAACUAUUUGCCCUUUUUUCAGAAAAAUCAUUAGAGCAGGGGCAGAGGAUUUCAUUUUGUAAUUGGGGAAUACAUUCCUUUUUUUUUUUUUUUUUUUUU